AUGCCUCCUGCAUCGCGAUUUGGAGCAUCAAAAUAUCGUAAUGCUGUCCCUCACGUACCUCACAAAGAUGAAUGGUAUCGCUCAUCUUUGCCAGUGAGCUCCACGUCGACGUCGCCGACCUCGACGUUCAGCUCUGAAAUCAAGACGAACCGACAUGGGAUAUUCACUUUGACUACUAGCGGAGACUUCAGCUUCAGACCCUAUGAUGGGCAGCAUGGAAGUGUGAAGAGUCAAAAGGGUAUAGGGGGAGGAGGAGGCGUGGGAGAUUGGGAUGUCUCUGGACUAGAAAGUGGAAGGGUGAUCGUUGGUGGUCUUGAUGGGUCGGUAUCAGUUUACAGCUUUGUACCUGAUGAUUCUGAGUCCUUGGACCUAGCACGUACUAUUCCAGGGUCUGGCUCACCUGUAAGCAAUCUGGUCCUUCACCCGACGACUCCAGAUUUGGUUUUGGUAUCAACCGCCAGCGGCACUUUGUCAAUUUACAAUCUAGCCUCAGAAAACACUAGUCCUGCCAUCACUCUCAGCUGUCCUGAGCCCAAAGGAUUGUGGUCUAUUGCUUGGUCGGCCGACGGGAAACGCCUAGCUGCAGUUGGGAAAAGCGGAACAGGCUACAUCUACGAUCCCAGAUCUGGGGUCGAGCCGGUGACGAAGCGGCUUCUCCCAAUGCAGCCUCUCAAGCCGUCUCGUAUAAUAUGGAUAGGGGACAAAGUUCUCGUCACCUCGACGUCGAAGAUGCGGAACAGGGAGUAUUCAGCGUUCAAAAGCUCAGACAUGUCUACAGUGUUCACUCAAACACUCGAUACGUCCCCGGGUUUACUUAUCCCGCUCGUCGAUGAGGAGAGAAACAUUGUAUAUUUGACCGGCAAAGGAGAUAGUACACUACGUCAGGUCGAACUCUCUGGACCUCAAGGCUUCCAAGAAACUUUACACGCCCUCCCCUCACCUCUACCUUCCGGAUCUUUCUCCCUGGCUCAUCCAGCUACGUUGCCAGUCAUGCAAGCUCAGAUAGCCACAGUCUUGAUUCCUACAUCGGACAAGGAGGGAGAUGCCAUCAUCCCGUUUGGUAUUCGCGUCCCAAGACGGCAAUUGAUUGAUUACCAUGAUGAUCUAUUCCCUGACAUUGUAGGGACGGUCCCUGAGCAAAGUGCCGAUGAGUGGUUGAAAGGAGGGGACGAAGCACCAUCGUCUAUCUCUCUGGAUCCUUCUCGGCGAGGCUUCUGGGAGGAAAAGCUGGCUCAUUCGGCGACACGGAAGUCUUCGUCAAAUCAGCAACAGGGUGCGACCAGAGAAAACGAGCCUAAGUCUCAGCCAACGCCUGGAGCUAUUCCGUCAGCGGCGGGCACCUCUCCUAGUCCCGCGAUACAACCAGCAACAGCUACCACUGUGUCUUCUCCGGCAGCCACAGAUCCCUCACUGCCUCCACUCGAAAAGGACGAAACUUACGCCUCGACCUCUUACAAAGUUCGUGUCAUUGGCAACUUCAUCACUGAGCAAGUGGACAGGCACAAGAAGGCUGGAGGUAAAGGUCCGAUCAUCAUUGGCCUUCAGGGACCUCAAGGAUGCGGAAAGACCACACUUUCACGGGCACUUCUGGAUGUUUUGACGUCGAAACCUAUCAACCUCAAUUUGGCUGUCCUCUCCCUCGAUGACCUCUACCAGACUCAUUCGGGGCUCAGAACGCUAGCAACAAAGCACUCCGAUAACUCUCUACUCCAGGGUCGAGGGCCACCCGGUACACAUGACGUGCAACUUGCCUCUCAAGUCCUGUCUGAGAUCCAGAAGAUCAACGACGAGCCCAACACCACGGUGUCGCUGCCCGUAUUCGACAAGAGCUUACGUGAUGGCGAGGGUGACCGCAGCUCACAAACGGUGCCUGUGCAAGGUCCCUUGGACGUCUUCAUCCUCGAAGGCUGGUCUGUCGGCUUUGGCCCGCUGUCUCAGGAAGAUCUACAAAGUCGUUACAAGUCGAAAUCCUCCCUUACUGAUACGUCAUUUUUCAUCAAACACCCUCUGUCAUCCUUAGACACUCUGAACCACUACCUCGACCAAUUCGCCAAUGCGGUCUACCCAUCACUUGGAGCCAUCGUCGUCAUUGAGCCUAAGAGCUACAAGUACGUAUUUGAUUGGCGAUUGGAGCAAGAACGUACGAUGAAAUCGCAAAAUGGAGGCAAAGGAAUGGACGAUGAGCAAAUUCAUGGUUUCGUGGAACGAUAUAUGCCUGGGUACGAACUGUGGAAGGGUGGAGUGAGGGAUACAUCGAUGACUUGGGCAGGCAAUGGAUUGGUCUUGACAUUUGGCGAGGGGAGAGAAGUCACGGAUGUUGCGAGAUUAGCGGCACCGAAGGUGGAUCAGUCUGCUCAGGUACAAGGGCGCAGUGAGAAGAAUGACAUCGGGAAAGAAGCCAACACGCCAACAAAGGCUGAGCCGGUCAAGCGAUCCGCCCCUGCCAAAGCUGUCAAUCCGACCUGGUCCCGCAAGUUUUUAGCUGGCAAGUCGCCCCUUAUUCCGACUUACGACCAAGUCCCAGCCAUCUCCACGCUACAUCAGGAUUCACAGAUCCUCAAAUGUACCUCUCGUCUAGCAUUCUUCCCCAUCUCUGGUCCGGGAGGCAGACUAGCGGUCCAUCCUUUGUCGAAAAAAGGUAGGAUGGACAACAGUGAGCAAUUCUACCUCAGUGGAGGUGUCGACAUUUCAGAUUUCGCGGUAGAACAUUUUGGCGAUGAUAUCUGUCGUGUGGUGAUCGCUGGGGAAGAUGGAAUCGCCAGGAUGUGGAACGUCGAUGGGUCCGGACUAUCAGAAUCCGGCAAGGAGCCUGACGCAACAUUGCAAGGGGACAGCUCAAACAAGAUCACGCAGGUGGCUUUCCACCCCACGGCCAAGGAUCUCUUGAGUGGGGCGGCCUCAGAUGCGAUCUACCUGUUUGACCUGUCGAAACGCGAAUUGGCUCUCACGGUCCAGGUCGAGGCGCAAGGCGGAGCAUACAACGUGUCGUGGAGUCCUAGAGGAGAUCGAUUAGCCAUUGCGCUGAAGGACAAGCGUAUGGCUGUCCUCGAUCCUCGAAAACCAUCUCAGAUUAUCUAUGGUCAAGCGCAUGAUUCUCCUCGCUCUUUCCAGAUCGAAUGGCUCGACGAGACGCAUUUGAUCAGCGUCGGCUUUGCACGUGGAUCAAUGAGGAAGAUCAUAUUAUAUCAACUGGCGGGGGAGACUAUCAUUACUGUUUCCUCCUUGUCCAUCGACACCUCUCCUUCUGUCCUAUUCCCGUCCUAUGAUCCUGAUACGAGCGUUCUCUACGUCUGGGGUAAAGGUGAAAGACAGAUUCAAGCGUACGAGAUUCACCCUGAAAACAAGGUCGAACCGAUCGCGCGACUACCCGGAUUCACAGCUGGCUCACCGCAGCUCGGGCUCACAUUCUUACCUAAACGAAUGGUGGAUGUGAAGAAGGUGGAAGUGGCCAAAGCGUUGCGAUUGACUGCGAAAUCUAUCGAAGAAGUUUCCUUCACCAUCCCUAGGAACAGGCCUGACUUCUUCCAAGAUGACAUCUUUAGGGAUACUCUGGACAAUGAGACGCCAAGUCAGACUGCUGAGGAGUGGCUGGGUGGAGAAGAUGCAGAACACAAGUAUUUGAAUUUGUGCCCACCAGGCAUGACGGCGUUGUCUGUCGCUCCUCAAACGCCAGCAAAGAACAAGCCUAAAUUCGUUCCUGCAAAGGACAUCAUGACGGAGGAAGAGAAGAAGAAGCAAGAAAUGGACAAGCUGUUCGCGCGAGCUAAAUUGGAUGAUAGCAGUGACGAGGAGGAUGGUCCGCCCAAAAGUGGACUGGACCCGCCUGAUGAUGACUGGUAG